CCAGAGACUUAGCGCAGUUGCCCUUCUCUUUCAGACGGAAGGGCAGCCGACGGAGAGCGAGAGAUCCGGGAUCGCCACUGACCCGAAGACGGAAGAGCAGCCGACGGAGAGCGAGAGAUCUGGGAUCAUCACUGAUCCGAAGCGAUGGCGUCUGCUGAUCUGAGACGGGAGCUGGACUGUUCCAUCUGCCUGAGCAUUUAUACAGAUCCUGUAACCCUGAGAUGUGGCCACAACUUCUGCCGGGUCUGUAUUGAUCGUGUGCUGGAUACACAGGAGGCGUCUGGAGCUUAUACCUGUCCUUACUGCAGAGCAGAGUGUCAGGAGCGUCCUGCACUGAUACAGAACAUUCCUCUGUGUAACAUAGUGGGGAGUUUUCUAUCUACUUGGCCAGAUCAGGAGGAGACUGGGAUCUUCUGCACUUACUGUGUGGACUCUCCUGUACCUGCUGCUAAAUCCUGUCUGCUGUGUGAGGCUUCUCUAUGUGAUAAACACCUGAGAGUACACAGCAAGUCAGCAAAACAUGUCUUAUGUGAUCCCACCACUGCCCUGGGGAACAGGAAAUGCUCCGUCCAUAAGAAGGUCCUGGAGUAUUACUGCACUGAGGAUGCUGCCUGUAUCUGUGUGUACUGUUCAGCUGGAGAACAUCGGGGAUACCUUGUUGAGUCACUGCAUGAGGCUUCUGAGAAGAAGAAGGAGAAGCUGAGAGAUGUUCUGCAGAAACUGAACACAAAGAGAGAGGAGACUGAGAAAAGAGUCCAAAGUCUGCAGGAGCGCAGAAGAGAAGAUCAGGGAAAAGCACCUGGUAUAACAGAAAGAGUUACUGCCCUGUUUAGAGACAUCAGGAGACAGCUGGAAGACCUGGAGAAGAGAGUGCUGAGUGAGAUCUCCAGGCAGGAACAGCGCGUUUCACUCUCAGUCUCUGAUCUGAUCCAGCAGUUGGAAAUAAAGAAGGACGAGCUGUCCUGGAAGAUGCGUCACAUUGAAGAGCUGUGUAACAUGUCUGAUCCAGUGACUAUCUUACAGGAACCAGAUACAGGGGACUUGUGUGAUACUGAGGAAACAGAGACACAUGAUAUCCAGGUCCGUGGUGCAGGAGAUCUGGAUGUGGGUCUCAUCUCAGGGACAUUACUCACAUUGUCUGACAUAAUUAGAGAUAUAAAUACAGGGGUCUAUGUGCAGGAAGCUACAGACAUGUUACUGAAUGUAACCACAGCUAGUAAUGAUAUACAUCUAUCAGGUGACUGGAAAACUGCAUCCAGGUCACGUAUAAACCAGAAUCGCCCAGUAACACCAGAGAGAUUUCAGCUUGCUCAGGUAAUAAGCACCAGGGUAUUCUCCUCAGGGCGACAUUACUGGGAGGUGGAUGUCAGUAAAUCAGAGUGGUGGAGGGUGGGGAUGUGUUAUCCCAGUAUGGGCAGGAGAGGAGAUCAGUCAUACAUUGGGGAGAAUAACAAGUCCUGGUGUUUGCGUCGGUAUAAUAAUCAGUACUCAGUGAGACAUGACAGUACAGAGAUCCAGUUACCUGACAAUAUCCCCUGUGACAGAAUGAGGGUGUAUCUGGAUUAUGAGGCAGGACAGAUGUCCUUUUAUUCUCUGUGUGACCCCAUCAGACACUUACACACCUACACUGCCACCUUCACUGAGCCCCUCCAUGCUGCGUUAUGUGUAUCAGACAGGUGUAUAACUAUAUCUGGGGGAGUCAGGAGCUGAGAAAAAUUACUAAAACAAUUCUGACCAGAGACUGGUAACAUCACAGGGAGGGGAAUAUGAUUUUUAUUGUAAAAUUUGACCUUUAAUGGGCAAGGACACUAAGGGGCUUCUCUUAUUGUAUAUUUUAUUGCAUACACACGGUUGAGUCACAUUAUUAUGACCACCAGCUAAUAGCCAGAGUAACCGCCGUGUGCAGCGCGGACAGCAGCUAGACGGCUGAAUUGUCAUGUUAGACACACGUCUGGUAGCCCCCAGGGUCAUUGUGAUGGUGAUUUGCUCCACUGUAGCGUUUCGGUCGGCUCUCACGCACCUUCGUAGCCGACGUUCACCUCUCACAUCAAUGGCACGUGGUGCUCCACAGUUUCCACAUCGGUUAUUCGCAAUGGUGCCAUUUGUCCAGUCAUGAUACAUCUUCACUGCAGCAGCACGCGGACUGGUCACACACUGCGCUGUGUUAGAGAUACUGCCCCUCGUGGCCCGAAAGCCGAUAAUCAUUCCGUUCUGCAACUCGGAUAAAUCGCCCCUUUUACCCAUGACAGUAUUGAGUGAUAUGUGUGCAGACGACUUAUCGCCCCCCUUAUAUACCCACCAAGCCAGCACACACCUUAUAUACCCACCAAGCCAGCGCACACCUUAUAUACACACCAAGCCAGCACACAUCUUAUAUACCCACCAAGCCAGCGCACACCUUAUACACCCACCAAGCCAGCACACACCUUAUAUACCCACCAAGCCAGCACACGCCUUAUAUACCCACCAAGCCAGCACACAUCUUAUAUACCCACCAAGCCAGCGCACACCUUAUAUACCCACCAAGCCAGCACACAUCUUAUAUACCCACCAAGCCAGCGCACACCUUAUAUACCCACCAAGCCAGCACACAUCUUAUAUACCCACCAAGCCAGCACACACCUUAUAUACCCACCAAGCCAGCACACGCCUUAUAUACCCACCAAGCCAGCACACAUCUUAUAUACCCACCAAGCCAGCGCACACCUUAUAUACCCACCAAGCCAGCACACAUCUUAUAUACCCACCAAGCCAGCGCACACCUUAUAUACCCACCAGGCCAGCGCAUGACACGUGACGUACUUCAUGGGCUACGCGCUGCCGACGUCACAUGUAGGAGGUGGUCAUGAUGAUGUGACUCGACUGUGUAUUAUGCUUUUAUUAUCUGUUCUGCACCCUGAGUCCUAUUGGAGAGAGAGCGCUGUAUAAAUAAAAUGAUCAUUAUUAUA